GCGCUCUCUGGUACCACGUUUGCUCGCGCAACAUGAUCGGACCAAGCAAAAAGAAGAUUUUACUAAUUGGGGUGAGCAUCGUUGUAAUUCUAGCUGCCGUGAUAACGAUAUUAAUCUUUACGCUGGGUGGAAGUUCAGAAAAUGGGAAGAACCCGAAGGGUGAUUCGUACCUCGGUGUGUACGGAAAGGGUGCAGUGUCGACGAACGGGCAAGAAUGCGCGGAAAUCGGUGCGACCAUGUUGGCCAGAGGUGGCUCAGCCGUGGAUGCGGCCAUAGCCGCCCUCUUAUGCGAGGGAGUCGCAUCUUUGCACAGCAUGGGACUAGGCGGUGGCUUUUUGAUGACCAUUUGGGAUUCGUAUACGAAAACUGCUGAUUAUUUGGAUGCCCGCGAGACAGCACCGGCCGCCGCGCACCGGGACAUGUUUAAAGGCGAUCCUAACUUAGCAAUGUACGGUGGUUUAGCGAUUGCUGUACCCGGCGAAUUGCUUGGAUACUGGGAAGCCCAUCAGAGAUAUGGAAAACUACCAUGGUCCGAUCUGUUCCAGCCGACUAUUUCUCUCUGUACGACUGGAUCUCGCGUAACUAAAUACCUUUCUUCAUAUUUGAUUAGCAAAGAACCGUUGAUAAAGGCGGAAAAAUCAUUGGCAGAAAUCCUCAUAAACCCCGUUACCAACGCGACGUGGAAGGUAGACGACAGAAUAAAGAGGCCACGUUUGGCAAAGACGUUGCAGUUGGUUGCAACACAUGGCCCUCAGAUAUUCUACAAUGGCAGUAUAGGAGAUAAUUUGGUCGAAGAAAUCCAAGCUUUCAACGGCACGGUGACAAAGAAGGAUUUGCAAAAUUACAGAGUAAAGUGGGCGAAACCAAUCAAGUCGAAAGUUGGAAAUCUAACGUUCUACACUGCACCGCCACCAGGUUCAGGAGCGAUCCUAACGUUCAUUAUGAAUGUUCUCAAUGGUAUCGUACCCAAAGCAGAUCACCGAAUUAUGUGGCAAACUAUCAUCGAAACUUUCAAAUGGGCGUACGCCCGUAGAACCGAGUUAGGUGAUCCUAACUAUGUCCAUAUUGCUGGCGUCCUUGAUAAUUUAACGUCUAUCGAUUAUGCGAACACGAUUCAAAAGAGAAUCAGCGUUCAUGGAACGAGUAACAAUCCAAAAUAUUACGGUGCUGUCACUACCACGCCGGAUGAUUCCGGAACGUCUCACGUUUCUGUCUUAGCUCCCGAUGGAUCGGCCGUAUCGGUAACAUCGACCAUAAAUCAAGUUUUCGGGGCAAUGAUACGUUCAAGAUCGACUGGAAUAAUAUUUAACGACCAAAUGGACGACUUCAGCUCUCCAAACAUAACUAACGGAUUCGAUCUGCCACCUUCACCAGCCAAUUACAUUCAACCUGGUAAAAGGCCCAUGAGUUCUAUGAGUCCGACGAUAGUUCUGGACGAAAGUGAAGACGUUCGUUUGGUAAUCGGUGCUGCAGGAGGCACCAAAAUCACCAGUUCAAUCGCAAUAGCAAUGGUAAUGAAUCUUUGGUCGGGGUAUAAUAUAAAAGAAGCUAUAGACGAGCACAGAAUUCAUCAUCAGCUAUUCCCAAUGAACGUUCAAAACGAGCAAGGAUUUUCUCCAGAUGUGUUAAGUUAUUUGUCGAGUAUUGGACACAACGUCACUACGUAUUCCGGAAUUGGAAGCGCUAUUACUGCUGUGUCGAAAGAGCAGGGCAGGAUAUAUGCUGUCUCGGAUUUUCGCAGAGAAGGAAGAACUGCUGGCUUUUAAGUUGUUAAUGAUCGGUUGUUCGUCGAUCGAUGAUACGCGUAAACGAGAUGACUUAGUUAGUGUAUACAUAGAUAAGGAAGGAACUAUCGACAACUGUAUGUGCCGCGGUAUUAUUCUAAAUGAACGACGUUUUGUCUUUAGAGUGAUUUUUUCACUCCACGUCUCCGGAAUAGAUGUCUGUUGAAUAGACAUAACGCGGAAAUUUUAUCCACAAAACGUAGAAUAAAUAUUGAUAAGAUAGUGAACGUUAGAUUGGUUUCAAUAAGUUACAAAACUGUCGACAAAAGUAGCGUUUAAUUAAGUACUCUCGAAGA